AUGGAGCCGGUCUCUUGCUUGCCCCUGCUGCCUUGUUCGUUCUUCCAGUCGAUGGCAGACGAAGAGGUGCUCCUUGUGGACUGUCGCGCUGAGAUCUCGAGGUCACUUCGGGCAGCCGCGCGCAAGAAGCAUGCUUUGGUCCAGUCCGAUGAUUGCUCGUUGGAAGUCUCGAUGUGCAACUCGCCGGACAUAGGUUUGGCUCUUCCCGUCGAAAAAAACGUCCAGCCACCGUUCGGUCGGGUCGGAUGUGAUCUUAGCCAAUCGAGGGUGUUCAGAACCUGCUCGGCCCACCAUUGUUUGUCCUCGAUCGGUUUCUUGCAGCCGUUAGUUGGUGGAGCCCUUCGUCUGUCAGAAGACAAGCAAUCGGUCGCCGCUGUCAGAGGGGUCACCAGAGGUGUCGUCGGAGAUGGUGGCCGGGGUCGAGGAUGUCUCUCCUCGCGGAGGAUGAGGGCUGUGACGGUUUGGCUCUUCCCGUCGAAAAAAACGUCCAGCCACCGUUCGGUCGGGUCGGAUGUGAUCUCAGCCAAUCGAAGGUGUUCAGAACCUGCUCGGCCCACCAUUGUUUGCCCUCGAUCGGUUUCUUGCAGCCGUCAGUUAGUGGAGCCCUUCGUCUGUCGGAAGACAAGCAGUCGGUUGCCGCUGUCAGAGGGGUCACCAGAGGUGUCGUCGGAGAUGGUGGCCUGGGUUGGGGAUGUCUCUGCUCGCGAAGGAUGA